AUGAGACCAAGCUUACUCAACACGCGCAAUGCGCCUGGUCAAUUAGAUGCAGCAGGUAUACACUUUGUUGACAGUAAGACUGGCCAAGAUUCGAAACCAGACCGCCGUAAAGAGACGAUGAGCCAUGCGGCGAAGGCUCAAUGGAAGCAACGAAAGAAAGGGCCCCUGCAGUCAUGGAUCAAUCCUUGCCAAAGCAUCAAACGUGCGAAGACAAAUUCAGGAUGGUCAGAAGAGAGUCGCUCGCCUCGGCCGUUGCCCAGACUGAAGAUGGUUGGCGGAUACUUCUGUGGAACCGAGUUACCGCCGGGGAUCGAGCCUGGCGUAAUUCAAGAGUUGGUCAACGUCAUCGAGCUAGGAAAGUAUGGCACAUACCCCUACGAAGUCUGUCUCCACGUACACGCCGUAGAGCGAGGCUGGUUUCCUUACAUGAUUAGUGAUAUCUGCUGUAUCCAUUCAAUGAUGUUCGGGCUCCGCGCCUUUCUUGACAAGACACGAGACAGCAGGAAGAACAAAAGCCUAGCGGCUUUUCACCAUUCUCAAACCUUGCAGCAUCUGCAAGCUCGGAUCAAUGCCUUCGAGAAGGAUCCGAAUGCCUUCGUCUUUGACGAUUCAACCAUAAUGGUUGUCAUCAACUUGGCCAUGACUGCCGAGUUCGAGGGUGACCUUACCACGGUACGAACCCAUGUAGAUGGCCUUCUCAAGAUGGUCAGCCUCAAGGGCGGGCUCAGGUCUCUGAGUAUGCACAAUAAUUUACAAGUCAAAGUCUGCAGGGCAGACAUAGCUCUUGGGUUACACCAGGGCACGUCUCCACGCCUCUUUCGGGACGACAUCAACUGGGAUUGUUUUAUCGCAGGUCGCGGGCUGAUUCGGUGUAGCCACAAGCCGCAUGAGGCGCAGAUAGGUGGCUUCAUAGACGGACUCAACCAACAAUUGAGUAACUGCUGGAAGGACAUCCAUGCAUUUUGCUGUCUCAGCAACAUGGCAUAUCAGACAGGUGGCAAGUUUUCUCCAGAGACUUACAAUGAGAUGAUGAUCUCCAUCUUUUAUCGACUUAUGCAUCUGUCUUUCACGGAUGAUGGGAUGCAACGGCUCAUUCGCAUCGGCUUGCUGACCUAUUGCUCGACUAUCUUUUUGAUUCGAAUGUAUCAGGCUAAUCCCUUCAGUCGACUUCAUGACCUUUUUAGCACCGAGCUCCGAGUGAAUUUUCAGUCGACAAGUAGAUGUUUGCCACAAUCGGUCCUUUUUUGGUUGUUGAUGAUAUACAACUUGGUGGCAUAUAAAGACUCUUGUCGGACGGAAUGGCAAACUGUGUGGCUGGAUGAAACCAUAGCACUCGACAAAACGGCCACUUGGUCUGAUGCUAGCACCUUGUUGAAGUCCGUCAUGUGGGUUGAUUUUGUUCACGAUGCUGCAGGGAUGAAAAUCUUCGAUGCAGCCGUUGAGCGUCUUGGUGGGUCGGGGUUGAAUGAUGAAAGUGCUACAACCUCCUGA